AUGGGUGUGGUGAUGGGGAGGGAUGAGAAGGUGAAUAUCCCGCAUCUGUACAUGAAGUUGGCGAUGGAUUUAGAGAAGCUUCGGAAUUACCCAUGGGGUUUGUACUCGUUUGAUUUCCUUCUGAAGCAGAUUGAUAAAAUAAGGCAUAAAUUGGAGCAGAAGGAGGGGUAUCUGAUAGAAGGAUUCUUGUUUGGUUUCCAGAUUUGGAUAAUGGAAGCUAUUUCUGCUUUAGGAGAGAUUUGUGGCACAAAAGUCAGCAAAAUUUUUACAGAUAUCAUUGGCGUUGAGAACUUAUUCCCAGAAAAGGGGAUUUUGCAUUCAUUCAUGGAAUUCCACAUAGAUGGAGUGGUCCUUUUGGCAAGUGAUUUUGUACAGAAGGAUGAGAAGAAAGAUGAAAGAGUGGAUCGUAUUUUGGAUAUGAUCCAUAGAAAACAUGAUUGGAACAAUCAUGUUUGGGGAGUAAAAGAAGCUACAAGCUCUGAAUUUGAGGAAGCUGGCGAAGAGAAAGGAGAGGAUCAAGUAGCUGAUACUGAGAGGAGUGAGAAUAGUCAUGUUGCAGAGAAUGUUGAUGGCACAACUGAUGUUUCGGGAAGAAACAAGAGAAAACAUGCGGACCGAGGAGCAGAGUCAAGGAAGAAGAAUGUCUUGUGCCAGCUAGCUGUUUCAUCAAAAGGGAACAUUGACACAUAUAUGAAAAACUUCUUGGAGGGUCUGGUACAAGCUUCUUUUACUAUUUUUGGGGAGAAAUUCUGUCAGCAGUUCUCGGACAGGUUGGGGAAGAUUGAGACUGAGGUUACACAACUCAGGACAGCUUCGGAGAGAACUGAGCAGUUUGAGACAGUUGUAAUCGAUAGGUUGGAGAAAAUUGAGGCUGAGGUUACACAGCUCAGGACAACUUUAGUGGUGACUGAAUUGGUGGGAAAGAGUGAUCAAGCAAGCGGUCCUAGCAUGACCAAAAUCAACACUGGCCCUAGCACGAGCAAAAAAGACACAGCUCCAUCAAAUAAAAAUGUAACUACUAAGAGAGAGCGUUAA